AUGCACAUAAAAAAAGAAUUUAUGAUUGUGAUAGUUACUUUAUAUCAGAUACACUGUAAUGUAGGGAUGAGUAAAUAUAAGGGCUUACAUACUAAAGAAAUAGGAGAUGGGAUGUGUAUAAGAGCAAAUGGGUCAAUAUCCCCCGCAGGAGAAUUUAUUUCUGAGAAGCUCAAUUUAAUGUUUGCAAUGCGGUUUUUAUCACCGGGUGUAGAUGCAAAUUACAGUCUGUGUGUUACAGAUAAUGAAAACAAUAGGGAGAAUAUAAAAAUUACCGCAACAAGAGACUUUAAUAUGGAUAUGGGGUAUAAAAAUCUCUUUAUUAAAGAAAAGAGGAAAAAAGAGAAAAAGACAACAUAUCUUGAAGACUACCACCAAACAGUAAUCGGGAUGUUUCCUUCUCUAACUGGAAGUUUGUCAAUACAUACUUCUAGAAAAGAUUCAUUCAUUAGAUUUCUUCAGUUUGAGCAUGUGAGUAAGCAUAAAAUUGAUAUUUUGGCUUGUUUAUUUCUAUUAGCAGAAGGAGUGGAUAUACCACUGAAAGUAGAACAUAGUAAAACUGGCCCAGUGCUAGUCUUGAAAGAGAUUAUAGCAAAAUCUGAGAAGGAAAAUAAACCAGAAAACACGCAGGAGAGUGAAGAGGAAAAAAAUAAAUUCUCUAUAACUAUGAAAGGUAUGUGUAGUAUAGAGAAGGAAGAUAAUGCAUUCAAGGAUAAAAAUAUGUUACAAACAAGAGCAGCAGAUGUUAUAAACUUCUUUAUAAACAACAAAACAAACCCAGAUAUACGAGAAGGGGGUGAAUAUGCAGAGCCAAGAACAUAUGAAGAGUUUAAAACCGGUAAGUUUUUAAAUAAUGCAAGGUGGCUAAUACAGUAUUAUAUAUUCAAGUAUUUGGAUGGUGAAGAAAAAAUAAUUGAGUUUGCAAAGACAGUAUAUUCUAUGCUUAAAGAGUGUAUAGAACAGAAAAAGAAUGAAGGAUCAAAUAACGAAGUGAAAUAUCUUGAAAGCAUUAUUGACAAGUGCUUUGUGAAAUCCAGUAAUGCUAAUACAAGUAAUGCAAAGCAUAGAGCAGGUAUAUUAACUACAAUAUAUAAAGAGUUUCCUCUAGUAAAUAUAUUUCCAUUUAUAGGUAAUGUAAGUGCACCAGAAUAUAGAAGUGUUCCAUCAUAUAAUAGAAAAGAAGAUUCCUUUGAUAGUAGUAACAUAUACAGUAACUGUGUUGAGGCUGGAUUGCUUAGCUUGUUUUGCUGUUUAGCAUAUGAUCCAAAGACUAAAGAGUAUAAUAUAGAUCAUAUGGGAGAAGUAUCACCGGACUUGAAAAGGUUCUUUGAUACGUACAAUAAACAACUGGAGACUGAUACAUACGAGAUGCAUAUGGAGUGGAGUAAAGUAGUGGCGGAUCUAGAGAAUGAGAAUAUUAGAUAUCUAAAAGAAAAUAGGAAUGAGCUUGCGCCUGGUAUAAUAAAUAUGCUAUAUGUCAUUGCCGAAAUAACUGGAAGAUAUUCUGAAGAAGAAAAGUCUCUUAAAGAGCUCAGUACUCUUUUAGAAGAAGAUGAUGAUACAAAAAAGGAUAUGCUAUUCAAAAAAGUGAAAUUAUACCUGAAAGAAUUAAUUUUAUCACUCUCUAAGAAAUAUACUAUAGAAAAAAACUCGAAAUUGGCAAAAAGGAGAAUAAUGGCAUACUGUUUAAGUAUGUCAAAAUGCUCAAAUAUUAAAAAGCAAGUGGAUAUAAUUGGAAGCGUAGUUAUAACAUAUAAAUAUUUAAAUUUAGAAGGAGGAAUAAAAUUGAACCAUACUAUUGAGCAUUUACAGGCUACAUCCUUUUAUAGUAACACCAGUAUCUUGACAAAUAAAAACAUCAAUAAAAUAUGUAAUAGAAAGAGGCGUUUUGAAGGUAUGCCCGAAAAAACUCUAACAGAUUUUCUACUUAUGCAUUAUAUAGAAAAAAUACUGGGUGAAGAAAAAGACUCAAGCAAAUAUUCCGAAGAAAAUAUAGAUUUAUCAGGGAAAAAUAAUUAUUUCUAUCCAAUAGAAAAGCUUUUUUUAUAUAACACGUUUAAAACAGCUAAAGAUAGAACAAAUAUGAUACAUUGUAUUAGGAAGUGUCUCAUAGGGUAUCCAUUAGAAGAAACCGAUCCAUGGGCACGCCUUCUGUCUAAUAUGAUAGGAAGUCUUCCGUUAAAUGACUUAAAUACAGUGCAAAAUGUUUUUUUCAACCCGAUGUAUAGAGGGGGGUUAUACAAAAGUUUCUGUACAAAAGUUAGUGUGCCCUCAACGACAGUUGAUAGACAUAUUAAUUUAUGUAAAGAAUAUGACUGGUAUCUGCAUUAUAUAAACAAUAGCAGCCUGCUUAGCGGGAAUUUGGAGAUUUUAAAGAUAUACUUGGUAGUAGAUGGCCAUAAAAGCUGUUUUUUCACCGCUAUAAUACGAAUCUUUGAUUCCCCCACUAAGAUUAAACUUUUUUCUAUACUAACGCGGUAUGGUACGUCUAUAAGUCCAUUACUAGAAAUUGAAGCAUUUUUAAACGGCAUAGACAGAAAACUUCCAGAAUAUAAAGCAGUUAUAACAGCCAAUGAUAUGUGGUUAGUUUGGCUUAAACUAUCCUUUGAAUCUGAUAAAUUCAACAAGAUUACAUCAAUGCUCUUUGAUAAAAUUGUGGUUGACGAGAAUUUUAUCACCAAGGGAGGAAUUAAGUACGAAUAUACAGAUGAAAAUAUUAAUAUGUCGAUAUCUAAAUUUAAGCACGCAUACUUUUGCCAAAAAGUAGUAGAAAACGUGCAUGGUUUAAUUAAAAACAACCCAGAGUAUGCAAAAAAACUUAGUUAUUUGCUAGAAACACAUGAUAAGUUUUUAUGAAUAGAUAAAUUUCCAAUUAAAGGAAUUCAUCCAUAAAGCAUUGAAUACUUACUUACUCU